AUGCAUAUUCAGUCAAUUCCCAUGUGGACCGGCAAAGGCAACAAUUAUGCCUAUCUAGUCACCGAUGAACCUACCAAGAAAUCGGUCAUUAUCGACCCUGCCAAUCCCCCAGAGGUGGCCCCGGAGCUAAAGUCCCAACUAGCGGCAAACAAGAUUGAUCUAACAGCAAUUGUGAACACGCACCACCAUUGGGAUCAUGCCGGGGGCAACGACGAUAUGUUAUCUGAGUUCGGCAAACUUCCCGUAAUUGGUGGAAAAGAGUGCAAGUCUGUGACCAAGACCCCUGCCCAUGGUGAAGAGUUCAAGAUUGGAGAUCGCAUCACAGUCCGGGCUUUGCACACUCCGUGUCACACUCAGGACAGUAUCUGCUACUUCAUGGAGGAUGGAGAUCAGCGAGUCGUGUUCACUGGCGACACUCUUUUCAUCGGCGGCUGCGGACGGUUCUUCGAGGGUGAUGCUGCUCAGAUGCACAGGGCCCUGAACCAGACGUUGGCUGCUUUACCUGAUGAUACCAAGGUCUAUCCCGGCCACGAGUAUACCAAGAGCAACGUAAAGUUCUGUCUGCAGGUGUCACACGCGGAGCCUAUCAGGAAGCUUCACGCAUUUGCGGAGGCGAACCAACAAACGCAAGGCCAGUUUACUAUUGGAGAUGAAAAGCUCCAUAACGUGUUCAUGCGCGUCCAGGACCCUGAGAUUCAAAAGGCCACCGGGAAGACCGACCCUGUCGAGGUGAUGGCCGCCCUGCGAGAGAUGAAGAACUCCAUGUAG